CCCAGAAAGCAAACAAACUCCUCUGAAGAGAGAGGAAAGGUUGUUUGGAUUCCUAGCAGGGCUGCUGUAGCCCGAGGAUCAGCGGAAGCAGCGCCUGAAGAACAGAUUCUCCUCCAUCCAUCAGGACGGAGGUGAGGACCAUGGCUGAGCACAUGAUGAUGCCCAUGAGCUUCAGGAUGGGGAUGAACAGUCCUUCACAGAACAAUGGGCAGCCGGGCCUGCGGGGGCUGCAGAAUGGGCCCCUGUCGCACUACAGUAGGAACCCCCAGCACAACAAUGAGGCUGUGAUGAGACAGAGGCCAAACAUUAUGGGACAGGGGGGCCUGGGGGCCCCUGGAAGUGGCAUUGCUAUGGCACACCAUCAGCACCAGAUGAUGUAUACCAGCCAGGGUCCUCAGCAGCAACACCACCACCUGCAGUCCCAGCAGCAGCAGCAGCAGGGUGGACCCCCCCAGCAUUACCUUCCCAGCAGCCUCACAUCCCAGCAGCUCAUGGCCAGCCUGCAUCUACAGAAACUUAACACCCAGUACCACGGACACCCACUGGGAUCCCCCAGUGGCCACCACCUGCCCAAUGGAGCUCAGUACCGCAUGGGCUCAGCACAGCUGGCCGGCAUGCAGCACAUCGGUGGCCAUUUUGGACUAAAUGGAAUGGACAUGGAUCUAAUCGAUGAGGAGGUUCUGACUUCGCUGGUGUUGGAACUGGGCUUGGAUCGUGUUCAGGAGCUGCCGGAGCUCUUCCUGGGACAGAAUGAGUUUGACUUCAUGUCUGACUUUGUGUGCAAGCAGCAGUCCAGCUCAGUGAUCUGUUAAGGUUUGUUUAAACCCCAAAGAGCCCAGAAUAGCAGACAAUCUCUGCUUGGAUGUUUCUGUACAGGUCCGUGACACGCCAACCUUUGAACUGAGCUCCCCAUGAGCUAAACAGGGGGCAGGUUUCUCCCUCCCUGGAGCUGGUAAUGAACAAAAUAUGUCUCUUUAGGCCUAAAUGAAGCAUCCAGAUCACCAGGCCCAGUAUGUUAGCGCGGGUCUACCUUCCAUCAUACCAGCUCGUUUUACUGAAUGAGGACAUUUUCCUUUCCUUUUUUAAUUGGAUUUUGGAAGCUGGCUCUUCAAAAAUCCAGAAUCGAAGCAUAAAGCAGUGGAGAGAGUGGGAUCAAAUCUCUACAGAAUGUCUUUGGGUUCAAACUGAACAGUUUGGAGUUUGAUCUGGAAUUAGUUCUGAUGAAAUAAAGGAUGCAAUGAUGUUGAACCUGAUCAGCUGUGACCUUUAACCCCAGCCUCUCCAAAGCCCAGAAGGCCUUGUUUUCUCAUCAGUUCACUUUAAUUCUACAGUCUAUGAAGUUAGACUGAAUUAAUGAUCUGGAUCAGUCCACUUAGAGGGAAGAAGAAACAUCAGCGUUUCAUUUAUUCUGAGAGAGUCAGACCCUCAGCAGAUAACAGGAAGGCUGGAUGGAGUAGAGAAAACAUUCAUCAUCUGUCAGCAAUGCUCUGAUUAAACUGCUCUUUCCUUCAGCCAAUUAAAUCAAUUUGUCAUUUCAUAAAUAAUAACAAUGGCAUCGUGCUGACCGAGGAAAUAUUUAGAUAACUUCAGAAAUAUUUAGUACUGAAGAGAAUGAAGGGGCUUCAGCUCCUGGAUGUGGGAUGGUGAUCAGAGUAUCUUUCAGUUAAAUGGAUCUAAUGUGAUGCACUGAGUCUCUGCACUGAGUCUCUGCACUGAGUCUCUGUACUGAGUCUCUGCACUGAGUCUAUGCACUGAGUCUCUGCACUGAGUCUCUGUACUGAGUCUCUGCACUGAGUCUCUGCACUGAUUCCCUGACUGAGUCUCUGAUUGAGUCUCUACGGACUUCAGUCUGUGCAUCAAACCAUGGAUCCAUCACCCACUGGGCUGAAGCCAUUUUUCCUCUAAACUCACGUUCCUUGUGGUUCUCCUGUUCCCUCUAGAUCCGCUGACUCUCCUGCUGAUCAGUUUGGAGGGAUGGUUUCUUAAUGGAGGCCAUGCUGAUUGGAGAACAUUCUUUGGUGUUUUUCUCUCCAUCUGUGAAAACUUCCUGCAUUCACUAUGCUGUUUGUGAAGCUGUGGAAGACGAGCAGCUCCACAUGCAGACUCUCCAUGAAUCGCUCCCUAACAGCCUGUCUGUGGGGGUCUAAUUUACAGCUCAGCUCAGAGACCACCUCACAUUCUGACCUAAACCCAGCAGGGGCCAGAUUGCUGCCGGCUGGAUCCUGUCUCGGUACUUUAGACCAGAUGAACAUGCUGUCAGUACUUGGUAGGCCUUCGUCUCCUUAGGGGACCCUCGUACUUGUUGGGCGAGGCCUAAACCUUCCCACCAUGUUGAACACAGGUAGGGGUUUGGGGGGAUUUCCAACCAGGCUGUUCAGCAUGGUCAAAAGCUGCCUGACUAUGGUAGAUUAAAGUGAGAUUGUAUUCCUUGUAUUAAAGCACCCCCCCCCCCCCCAAACCACCUUUGUAACGUUAUUGAUUCUAUUUUAAGAAAAUGUAUUUAUUUUGAAAUAAAAUAUUUAUUUAAAGACCUUUUUAUUGCUUCUUGUCUCAAAUAAUGUCAGAGUUGGUC